AGACUAGUGUGGUUUAGUCGCUAGAGUCCAAUCGGGAGUAAGGAAAAUCAGGUAGAGAGAGAAAUAGAUAAUGGAGAGAGAGGGAUUACGUGUUCUAUGUAUAAACAUAAAUGGAAAACAAUAAAAUAAUAGUGGAAAGACUGAGAGAGAGAGGUGCCCCAGCAAAAGCACAAAACAGCACAAGCUUUGUCUUUGUCCUGGAGAGAGAAAAAAGUAUAUAAAGAUGUAAAAGAGAAAGAGACACAUACAAAGUAAACAUUUUAGAGAGAGAAAGUAAGGGUUGUUGCAGAGUUUAGCUGCAAAGCGCGCACACAUAGAGAGAGAGGAAGAAGAGGAAUAAAAGAGCUUCAGAAAGAAACCCUAACCCUAGAAAAAUGUUUCAUUUUGCUCCCCUCUGGUGACUCAGUAAGGCUCUGUUAUUUUCUCAACCUUGAUUUACAUGUCAUGUGAAGGAAGAAAGAUUCCACAUAUUGUCAAAUCCAGCUCCAAAAUCUGGUCUCUCUCUUUAAUUUAUGCUUCACAUGUCAACUUGUACUAAAUGCUGGAUCUUUAUUGUAGAAGCUGAAAUUUAAGGCUUAUUUGGGGUUUAUGUGAAGUGGGUUGCUUGAACAAGAGGUUUUCUCGUGUUGUUUUUAUUUGGGUAUUUGUGCCUUUUUUUGUGUGGGUUUUCUGCUAUUUGGAAAUUUGUCUGGGGAUGAGGGGCAUUGCUUGGGCAGACAAGAAGGUUAGAUGAUUGUGGGUUCUCUGCGUAACUUGGUGUUUUAAGGAGGUGCUUGUUGAAUGGUUUGAAAUAAAAAUUCUUUGCACCAGAAGCGAGGUGAAGAAGAAAUAGUUUCUGGGCGUUCAAAUUUUCACUGUCUUUGUGGAUCCGGAAAGUAGUUCGGGUAAAACCCAAAUAAAUUGCAGUUGAUUUAAGCUUUCGAUCUUUGCACUGGAGCGCUUAGGAUUACCUGGGGCAAUGUCUUCGUUAAGUAGGGAACUGGUAUUCUUGAUAUUGCAGUUCUUAGACGAAGAGAAGUUCAAGGAAACAGUUCAUAAGCUUGAGCAAGAGUCUGGAUUUUUCUUCAAUAUGAAACAUUUUGAGGAUCAAGUUCAGGCUGGAGAGUGGGAUGAAGUUGAGCGCUAUUUGUGUGGCUUCACUAAAGUGGAAGACAACCGAUAUUCAAUGAAGAUUUUUUUUGAAAUUAGGAAGCAGAAGUAUUUGGAAGCUCUUGACAGGCAGGAUAGGGCGAAGGCUGUUGAGAUUCUUGUGAAGGACCUUAAGGUUUUUGCAUCAUUUAAUGAGGAACUUUUCAAGGAGAUCACCCAGUUGCUAACUCUUGAUAACUUUAGGCAAAACGAGCAGCUUUCCAAGUAUGGAGACACAAAAUCGGCUCGGAAUAUUAUGCUUAUAGAACUUAAAAAGCUCAUUGAGGCGAACCCAUUAUUUCGCGAUAAGCUUGCGUUUCCAGCCUUCAAAAGCUCACGUCUACGGACGUUAAUAAAUCAGAGUCUCAAUUGGCAGCACCAGCUUUGCAAGAAUCCCCGUCCAAACCCUGAUAUUAAAACACUAUUUAUGGAUCAUUCUUGCACUCCAACUGCUAAUGGAUCUCGUCCUCCUCCGACAAACAGUCCCCUUGUAGGACCAAUUCCAAAGGCUGGCGCAUUUCCUCCUAUUGGUGCCCAUGGCCCAUUCCAACCUGUUGUCUCCCCAUCUCCUGGUUGGAUGUCUAGCACUAAUCCUUCAUUGCCUCACCCUGCUGUGGCAGCAGCUCCUCCUGGUCUCGUGCAGCCUUCUAGUGCAGCUGCUUUCUUGAAGCACCCAAGGACUCCUACAGGUGUUACAGGGAUGGAUUAUCAAUCAGCUGAUUCGGAGCACUUGAUGAAGCGUAUUCGCACUGGCCAAGCUGAUGAGGUGUCAUUUUCUGGUGUGAUGCAUAAUUCCAAUGUCUACUCGCAAGAUGACCUUCCUAAGGCUGUUGUUCGUACCCUUAGUCAAGGAUCUAAUGUAAUGAGCAUGGACUUUCAUCCACAACAACAAACUAUUCUUCUAGUUGGGACAAAUGUUGGUGACAUCAGUCUUUGGGAAGUAGGGUCCCGGGAAAGGCUGGUACAUAAACCUUUCAAGGUUUGGGAUAUGCAAACUGCCUCAACGCCAUUGCAGACAGCUUUGGUGAAUGAUGCUGCAAUAUCAGUGAAUCGUUGUGUUUGGGGGCCAGAUGGACUUAUGCUUGGUGUUGCAUUUUCGAAGCACAUUGUUCAGAUAUAUACUUACAAUCCAACUGGAGAACUGAGACAACAUUUUGAGAUUGAUGCUCAUGUUGGUGGGGUUAAUGACAUUGCAUUCGCUCAUCCCAACAAGCAAUUGUGUAUUGUUACGUGUGGAGAUGAUAAAGUGAUUAAGGUGUGGGAUGCUGCAGGUGGACGCCGACAAUAUACAUUUGAAGGCCAUGAAGCUCCUGUGUAUUCAGUUUGCCCUCAUUACAAAGAAAAUAUUCAGUUCAUUUUUUCAACUGCUAUUGAUGGGAAGAUUAAAGCUUGGCUAUACGAUUGCUUGGGAUCAAGGGUGGACUAUGAUGCUCCUGGACUUUGGUGCACCAUGAUGUCAUAUAGUGCAGAUGGAACCAGGCUCUUCUCAUGCGGAACAAGUAAAGAAGGUGAAUCCCAUCUGGUGGAGUGGAAUGAGAGUGAAGGGGCUAUCAAACGGACAUAUUCUGGAUUUAGGAAGCGCUCUUUAGACGUUGUCCAGUUUGACACAACAAGGAACCGAUUCUUAGCUGCUGGUGAUGAAUUUCAAAUUAAGUUCUGGGAUAUGGAUAAUACCAAUGUGUUGACAGCAGUUGAUGCAGAUGGCGGUUUGCCUGCUAGUCCUAGACUGAGAUUCAACAAAGAAGGGUCACUGUUGGCUGUAACAACGAAUGACAGUGGUAUUAAGAUCUUAGCAAAUAAUGAUGGUUUGCGCUUGAUUAGAAUGUUGGAGGGAAGGGCUAUGGAGAAAAAUCGAGGCACUUCUGAGCCCAUCAACUCUAAGCCUCUGAUUGUUAAUGCACUAGGCCCCAUUGUGAAUGUUCCUAAUGCUGUUCCUCCAGCCCUGGAACGUCCUGAUAGAAUCCAACCAGCUGUGUCUAUCAGUAAUCUGGGUACUAUGGAGAACAGCAGGCUCGUUGAUGUUAAACCUCGGAUUUCCGAGGAUAUAGACAAGAUUAAGAGCUGGAAAAUUUCUGAUAUUGCGGAUCCCUCACAAAUGAAAGCUCUGCGAUUGCCUGACUCUACAACUGCUGGAAAGAUUGUGAGACUAAUGUACACAAACAAUGGCCUGGCUCUGUUAGCCCUCACCUCCAAUGCCGUUCACAAGCUUUGGAAAUGGCAGCGUAAUGAAAGGAAUCCAUCAGGGAAGGCUACUGCAUAUGUUACACCACAGUUGUGGCAGCCUCCCAAUGGAACUCUCAUGACUAAUGAUGUGAAUGACAAUAAACCAGCUGAGGAAUCUACUGCGUGUAUUGCUUUAUCCAAAAAUGAUUCUUAUGUCAUGUCUGCAUCUGGUGGGAAAGUCUCUCUGUUCAACAUGAUGACGUUUAAGGUCAUGACAACAUUUGUUUCUCCCCCUCCCGCAGCCACUUUUUUGGCAUUUCAUCCUCAAGACAAUAAUAUAAUUGCUAUUGGCAUGGAGGAUUCUACUAUUUUAAUAUAUAAUGUUAGGGUUGAUGAGGUUAAAACCAAACUGAAGGGUCAUCAGAAUCGGAUUACAGGCCUUGCAUUUUCUCAAAGUCUUAAUGUACUGGUUUCUUCAGGUGCUGAUACCCAGUUAUGCGUGUGGAGCAUUGAUGGAUGGGAGAAAAAGAAAACAAGGUUUAUACAAGCACCAGCUGGUCGCCAAUCCCCGUUGGUUGGAGAAACAAAAGUUCAGUUUCAUAAUGAUCACACACACCUGUUGGUUGCUCAUGAAAGCCAACUUGCUGUGUAUGAUUGCAAGCUUGAUUGUUUGCGCUCAUGGUCUCCAAAAGAUGCACUUGCCGCUCCCAUCUCAAGUGCAAUAUAUUCAUGCGAUGGUCUAUUGGUUUAUGCUACCUUUUGUGACGGUGCUGUUGGAGUUUUUGAUGCUGAUACCUUAAGACUCAGAUGUCGAGUAGCACCUACUGCGUAUAUACCAUCAUUUUCUCUCAGCGGCAACCCCACCUAUCCUUUGGUUAUAGCAGCUCAUCCGUCUGAGCCUAACCAGAUUGCAGUCGGCAUGACUGAUGGCUCAGUGCAUGUAGUUGAACCGUCUGAUGUAGAGCUGAAGUGGGGCGGGGCACCGUCUCAAGAUAAUGGCCCUUCCAAUUCGUCAAAUCCUUCGCCUAGUGGUCAAGCAUCAGAACUUCCUUCCAGGUGAUGGUGGCACUGCCGUGGAUGAAUGUCUCUUUAAGAAGAGUAGACAGACAGAAAGACAGACAGACACGAGGGUUCAGUUUCACGAAUUUUAGCUAGUAGUACGACCACCUUUUCCAAUUGUAAUUUUUGUGUGUGUUUCUCUGAGCCAUUGCUUUGGAUUAUGGCUGUUUAUUCUCUAUGUACAUCCUUUUGUCUUUGUUUUGCGAAAUGAAGUUGUAGGGAGUAUGAAUCUGUAUAUUAUUGUUGUUGUCGUCAGAACGUGUUGGAAGACACCAUGAAAGGCCAAUUUGCCUUCCGGCAGUAUCUUAGGUGGUUUUAUUUAUUUAUUUAUUUCUCUUUCUUUAAUACGUAAAUUAUAUACAUAUUUAAGUUGAUGGUCUUUGGAAUGUGA